GAUGGGCGAUCGGGUCGGAACAUCUGGGCCAUGUCUUGAUCCAAACGGGCUGGUUCUGGUUUAGAGCUGAAGCUUGUUUCUGUUCCAGAUACCAGACGAGCUGCCGAAGGUCCGUUCCCAUGGAGACGAGACGCCGCCUUCGCAGAACGACCAGAGCCCCACCAGAACCGAGGGCGUCCCGGACCCGUCCACAUCAGAGGAUCGCCCGAAGGUCCAGGAGGUGGCGGAGGGCGGACCCGGUUCACCGCGCUCGCUGACCUCCGGCAACCAGAGGAAGAGGAAGCACUGCUGUAUCAUCUGCUCCAGGAGCUUCCUGAAGCCCUGCCUGCUGCGGGAGCACAUGGGGGUCCACAUCCGGGAGGGCUGGCUCCCCGACCCGGCAGACAAGGAGUUCUGGUUCCAUAUGAGGACUGGAGGUCAGAAGAGGAAGGAGACCGAAAAGAAGGAGGAAGAGGGAGACGGUUUGGCCAAUCAGCGCCCCCCCACCUCUCAAGAAGGACCUGCUGCUGGUAACCAUGGCGACCAGGGAGGAAACGGAUGCGAGGGAGAGGAUGUCAGCGGUUUGAUCAACUCCGACGGGGAGGAGGAGCGUUUGGAGCCGGAGCGCUCCGCAGGUCCAGAGAGCCGCUCCGACCCGCCGGCCGCCGGCAAAACCAAGCACUGCUGCCCGGUGUGUGGCCGCAACUGCUUCAAGGCCUCGGCGCUGCAGAAACACCUGCGGAUCCACUCCGGCGAGCGGCCCUUCCAGUGUCCCGUCUGCAACAAGAGCUUCAUCCAGCAGGUCCACAUGACGGAGCACCAAAGGAUCCACACCGGGGAGAAGCCCUUCACCUGCAGCGUCUGCGGCAGGAGCUUCACCUUCUCCAGCGCCAUGCGCCGCCACCAGCGCGUGCACACCGACGCCCGGCCCUUCCAGUGCCCCGACUGCCCCAAGGCCUUCAAGCAGCUCUGCGCCCUGAAGAGCCACCGGCUGACCCACACGGGCGUCCGCUACCAGUGCCCGCUGUGCAGCAAGAGCUUCAGCCGCGCCCUGGAGCUCACCUACCACAUCGACGUGCACUCCGACGCCCAUCCCUACUUCUGCAGCAUCUGCAAGAAGAACCUGGGCGGAGCCAAGAUGUACCGCAAACACAUGAGGUGGCACGAAUCGGACAAGCUGCAGACGGAGCCCGCCGCAGCGCCGGCGGGGCUGGAGGAGGCCGUCUGAGGACCAGCGAAGAAGGAUCGGUUCAGAGACGCUUCGGUCAUGUUCACGUUGGCUGU